GGCCACCACUACUUCCGGGUUUCGGCAGUCUGGUCCAUAUCCACUCCUCAGUCGCGUUUCCCAACUACUCGCACCCAUUGUACACAAACCAACGAGGAGUUGGCGACUGAGCACAGCAUCGAUCGAGGGCUGCUCCUUUAAGAAAGACUAAGCCUGAAUUAUCACCCCACCUCCUCCUGAUCUCCUUUACAGGGCUUUUGCGUUUUAAAAAAUCAACCCAGGAGCCGAGAGUGAUCAAAAGAAAAACGAGUGAGCUGAAUGUUUUGUGUGCAUUUGACUAUUCACAUUAGGUGUGCUAACCCGUGGAAGCGCGGCGCGGAUCAUCAUUCAUUCCGGGCUACUUUGACAAGCCUCGGCGUUUGAUUGACAGGCGUGGUGGCAAAAAGCCACGAGACUUCGCUAGUUUUGUUUUGAGGGGUAUUUUCAUACUGUUUUUUGGGAAAAUAAGACUGGGGUUUCUCUCCCUAUGCCACUGCCCUGGGGAUAGCUCAGGCCCUAUUCGCGGUUGCUUUGGACUGAACUUGAGCUGAAGAGGGCUGGCUUGAAUUCAUCGUUGCAUUUCUCUUGCAAGAAAUACGGAUUCUUGAAAGAUUUCGCAUUUGGAAUUUGCGUUUUUAUUUGUUCUUCACCCUGGCCUCUUAGGGGAUAUAUCCGAAGCGAAAGGAGAGAAGAAGAGAGGGACUAGAGGAGGGAUAUGGCGCAGCGGUACGAAGACUUGCCCCACUACGGGAUGGACGGGGUGGGUAUCCCCACCACCAUGUACGGCGACCCGCACGGUGCCCGCUCCAUGCAGGCCGUCCACCUCAACCACGGCCCCCAGCUACACUCACACCAGUACCCGCACACAGCCCACAGCAACGCCAUGCCGCCUAGUAUGGGCUCGUCCGUCAACGACGCCCUGAAGAGAGAUAAAGACCAGAUAUAUGGGCACCCCCUGUUCCCCCUGCUUGCACUGAUUUUUGAGAAAUGUGAAUUAGCGACUUGCACGCCCAGAGAGCCUGGGGUCGCGGGAGGAGACGUUUGUUCAUCGGAAUCUUUCAAUGAAGAUAUAGCAGUGUUUGCAAAACAGAUUCGGGCAGAAAAGCCGUUAUUUUCAUCAAAUCCAGAACUGGAUAACCUGAUGAUUCAAGCCAUUCAAGUCUUACGGUUUCAUCUUCUGGAGUUGGAAAAGGUACACGAACUAUGUGACAAUUUCUGUCACCGGUACAUCAGUUGUCUGAAAGGAAAGAUGCCCAUCGACUUGGUGAUCGACGACAGAGAGGGCGGAUCAAAAUCGGACAACGAGGAAAUAACAAGAUCAUCCGGGCCUCUUGAUCAGACUUCCUGGAACAGAGAACACGAUGACACGGCAUCCACGCGCUCCGGAGGCACACCUGGUCCGUCAAGCGGGGGACACACAUCACACAGCGGGGACAACAGCAGCGAACAAGGCGACGGCAUGGACAACAGUGUGGCUUCGCCGAGCACAGGAGACGAAGACGACCCGGACAAAGAGAAGAAAAGGAACAAGAAGAGAGGCAUCUUCCCUAAAGUGGCCACCAACAUCAUGAGAGCCUGGCUCUUCCAGCACCUAACGGUGAGUUGAGCAUCUCUGCCUCCUGCAACAUCUCUGUUUUUACUCCUGGUCCUGUCUGUCUCCUUAGAGUCUUUACUAUCUGUUUUUAAACACACACACGCACGCACGCAUGCACACACGCACACACACACACACACACGCACACGUGCACAUGCAUGCACUGAGGCAAUGCUAGAGGCAACCGGCUGUGAUCGGGAGGCCAAUUUGCCAAGCAGGGGGGCGUCAUUGUAGAUAUGAAUUUGUUCUUACCUGACUUGCCUAGUUAAAUAAAAAAUGAAUAGAUUAAAAAAACACACACACACACACACACACAUGCAUAUUCAUACAUCAUGUUACACAUGAACAUAGUGUUUCUCAGACACACACAUUUUUCAGACCUCCUCCUUUCCAACAAUGUCUCCCGGCUCAUAGUGUGAAUACCCGGAACUUCACACAACAGAGAGGGCUCUGUGUAAUAUAGGAUCUCUCUCUCUCUCUCUGUCUCUCUCUCUCUCUCUCUCUCUCUCUCUCUCUGUCUCUGUCUCUCUCUG